AGCCUGGGCGGGCGGGCUCCAACUUCAACAUACUAAUAGGUUUUUUUAAACAGCUUUCGUAGAGCUCAACAGCCUUCGAGCCUUGUAACAACUUCUCAAAUCACCAUUACCUACUUGCUGCGGGAGGUUAUACUGGCAACCAGCUAGAGUAAGUGCAGAUGGAUGCUUAACAACUCAGCAGACGGGCCCCAACUCCAAACUUCGAAAUCCACUUCUCUCCUACGGGAGGUCUUUUAGCCCCGGGCGCUACCUAGAAUACCAACUCGUAUAAACCUCCUAGAAUCAUCACAGUCACCACAUCAUCCCAUGGACCUCAUAUUCUCAAAGGACUCUCCUCGCAACGCGACUCUCUCACUUCCCACCGGUAAACCCGUCUACGAAAUAUCCACCCCAGACCGAUGGUUCCAUCAUGAACAGACGGCAUUGAAGAAAUUCCAACCUGGAAAGUCCCUGCCGCAGGACAUGGGUGUCAUCGAGAUUCAUAGUUGGAACAAGAGUGUGGUCGAAGUCUGGGGAAGGAGCGUUCUUCCGAAGAGUGCUGGAGUUUUCAAGAGAGGGAAAAUAUUCACAUCUUCAAAUGGUCAGCAAUACACAUGGAAGCGCAAAUCGAGGACAGCAAUGUUGACCGACAAAUUGGACAACACCAUGGCCGUUUACGAUGAACGCCGCACUAAUGUUUUCAGUCGAAAAGCUCCCAGUCCAGCGAAAUUGAGGAUAACACCUGCUGCUGUUGAAAUCGCAGAUGAGAUUGUUGGCACUUUCUUGUACUUUGAAGAACAGGAAAGAAGGGCACGUAGGUCUGCGGCGGCUAGUAGUGCUGGUAGCAGCGCAGCCGCUUCAACAUGCUAAUUGGGUAUUUUAUUCACCCGAAUUCCCCCAAAUUUGAUUUCGUAAAUGAAUCUAUUUAUAUAUCAGCAAUCUCCUAAUUCAAUUCUCGUUCCCGAAGGAAGGAUCUUGGACUUUUCUUUUGAAAUUGUCACUAGGGAUGAGAACCAUAGCAUGGUACCACAACUGUACAACGUAGUGAGGAAAGAAUUGUAUACAAGUACUUGAAAGUGUUAGGAUGGAAUGGAAUCAAACGGUGGCGACCGGAAAACUACUGAGGGCAGCACUCCUACGUUGUGCCCGUCUUUCCUGUUGUUCAAAGUACACAAAAGUGCCAACAAUCUCAUCGGCGAGUUCCACAGCAGCAGGUGCGAUCGUCAAUUUCGCUGGAGUUGGAUCUUUGGGGCUGAACAUAUUAAUGAGGUGGCGGGUGUCAUAAAUGGCCAAGGUGUUGUCGAAUUUGUCGGUUAGCU